AUGGAAACACAUUCGCAUAUUCGUGAUUUACGCUCACAAAACAGUUCUCUCCUCGCAGAAAUCGAGAUUCUUCGCUCUUCCAACCAAAACCUCCAAUCGGAAUUGACGCAAAAGGAUGAACUCCUUCACCAAAUUCAGUUGCAAAAGGAUGAUGUUCUCAAGCAAUACGUUGAUCUCUCGGAGGCCAUCAAAGAGGUAUCGAAGGAAAGAGACACACUUCUUCUAUCGAUUCAGAGACUUGAGGAUGAUUUUAGCCGGAGAGGAAUGGAAUUUUAUGAAGAAACAGAGAGAAUUAGAAUCAAGCUUGAGGUUUCGAGGAAGAAAGCUGAGGAACUAUUAGAUGAGAAAAAAGAGCAAUCGGAAGUUUGUUCACGUAAUUUGGAGAUCGUGCAAUCAGCGAAGCAUGGCUUACUGAGGUUAGUUGAGAAUCUCGAUUUGUGUGUGCAUAGAUCGGGAAAUUCUGAGUUAAAGCACGAAGAGAAAGACGAAAAAACAAAACUGUUAAACGAAAAAUCAGCGGUGUUUUCUGUGGUUCUGGAACUGGUGAAUUUGGUGGAGGAAAAAUGGGGAGAGUGUGAGGAAAUAAGGAAAAAGGAGAAGAGAGAAUUGGAGAAUAGUGUGGCCAGUUUAGAAGAGGAGAAUCGAGAUAUUAGUAGCUUGCUUAAAAUUGCUUUGGUGGAAAAGGACGCAGCGGAGAAGAGUUUGAACAGAUUAAGAGGCAAUUCUGAACAGAAGAAAGCAGCCAUUUUGCAGAUUGCAGAGAGAGGGUUGCAAAAGGUUGGCUUUGGUCUCGGGUUCGGGUUUAUGAUGGGAAGUGCAACCAGUGAAACACCUUCAGAUAAUCUGGAUUCUGAUCCCAACGUCAAGUCGGAUAAUGAUGAAUGCCAAGAAGCUGUUACUCUGGCCUCGACUGUAGAAACAAUAAUAAAGAAGUUAAGAGUUGAAAUCACACAGUUGCAGAGGUCAUUGGAGGAAUCUAGGUCAGACAUGGAGUCUCUACAGCAUCUAUCAGACAAACAAAGUAAGAAACUAGCAGAAAAUAUCAUAUGCAUUAAAGAGUUGGAAGAUAAAAAGAUGAUGCUUACUCAAAAGGUUGAAGAACUCAUAAUAGAAAAUAAAGAGUCUGAAGAAGAAAUUUCUAGAUGGAGAGAGGCUUGUGAAAUGGAAGUGGAAGCUGGAAAGAAAGCUAUUAAUGAACACAAAGAACUGGUCAAUAUUCUGAAACAAGAAUUAGAAAAAACCAGAGCUGCUUUACAUAUUUCCAAUUGCAAGUUGCAGCUGAAAGAUGAGAUAGAGGCGGCAGCCAUCGCAGCCAGGGAAGCAGUUGAGAGAUCUCUCCAGCUUGCAGACAGCAGGGCUACUGAGCUACGUAAGCAGAUUGAGGAACUAACAAGACAAUUAGAAGUAGCAGAGAAAAAGGAACGAAUUAAUCGUCGUAGAGUGAGGAAUGUAUGUUGGCCUAUGCGAGCUCUCAAGUUCUGCCCUGCUACUAAUACAACUGGUAUUCGAAAUGUUACACAGAUGCUACCAGAAAUGCACAGAUUGUCCGUUAAUAUUUGA